GAAAACACAGACAGACACAUUACACGUGGUCUGGGACUAUUCAAUACGUUGUAGCUUAACGGUAAUAUUUUAUUAAUUAAUGUGAAAUCUUUUGGGAACCUGUGCAGUUUGGACUAAAAUGGAGCUUGUCUAGCUGCUUGAGAACCCGUGGUCUGGAGGGAUGGAUAUGGAAACGAGUGAAUAGAUGAGUGCGGCUGGAGGGCAUGAAACUCAUCGGCUCUUCACAGCCCUCAUCAGCCCGUAUAUAACAGCAGCACCAACACACACACACACACACACACACACACACACACACACACACACACACACACACACACACACACACACACACACACACACAGAAACACACACACACUGAGCCCCAGAAACGCACAGUGACUAGUGCGCGUCAAUAUCCGUCGGUGCAGGAGAUGUGCGUAAAGUGUGAACACAGCGACUGAUCAGAAACAUUCACACAACAGAAAAGGAGACUGCUACAGGAACAGAGAUCAGAAGUAACUUAGAACAAAGGUGCAUCACAAAGUAGCAAAGGAACCUCAUAAACCCACAACCUCAUCCAUUCCAGUGUUUCAGCAGAGAACAGAGAAUGAAACUUGUGUGGCUGGUGAUUUUACUCCUGACAGGCUGCAGCUGGGCUUCCCGUUUCAGUCGCGACUCAACCAAAGUUGUGCUCGGCGAUGUUCCCAAUCAGGAGGUAGAGAGCUCAGCCUGGAAUGGCUCCAGUACAGAGCAGGCUGGGUCAAGGAACUCGCCCCGUAUCCCAUUCCCACCUAUGUGUGUCAGGCCCAGUGAGAUAAAGCACACAUUUAAAUACAUCAACACUGUCAUAUCCUGCAUAAUUUUUGUGGUAGGAAUCAUCGGAAACUCAACACUGCUGCGUAUCAUCUACAAGAACAAGUGCAUGAGGAAUGGACCGAAUGUGCUCAUUGGCAGCUUAGCUUUAGGAGAUCUUCUCUACAUACUCAUUGCCAUCCCUAUCAACGUGUUUAAGCUGCUUGCAGAAGACUGGCCUUUUGGUGUGUGCAUCUGCAAGCUCAUGCCAUUCAUCCAAAAAGCCUCAGUGGGCAUCACAGUUCUUAGCUUGUGCGCACUUAGUAUUGACAGAUAUCAUGCUGUGACCUCAUGGAGCCGGGUGAAGGGAAUGGGGAUUCCAUUAUGGAAAGCUGUGGAAGUAACCCUCAUCUGGCUGCUAGCGGUGAUCCUAGCGGUGCCCGAGGCUUUGGCCUUUGACAUAAUGGAGACAUUUUAUAGAGGCCAGAAACUGUUGGUGUGCUUGCUCCAUCCUGUACAGACCACACAGUUCCUGCAGUUUUAUCAGGAUAUAAAGGACUGGUGGCUGUUUGGCUUUUACUUCUGUUUACCACUGGCCUGCACUGGUGUCUUCUACACCCUCAUGUCAUGUGAGAUGCUGAAAAGGAAAAAAGGAAUGCGCAUUGCUCUCAAUGAUCAUAUGAAGCAGCGACGGGAAGUGGCUAAAACUGUAUUCUGCCUCGUGGUAGUCUUCGCUCUCUGCUGGUUGCCCCUGCACCUCAGCCGCAUCCUGAAAAAGACAAUCUACAAUCCGAAUGACCCCAACCGCUGUGAGCUCCUAAGCUUCCUUCUUGUGAUGGACUACAUUGGAAUCAAUAUGGCCUCCCUCAACUCAUGCAUCAACCCUGUGGCUCUCUACUUUGUCAGCCAGAAGUUCAAAAAUUGUUUCAAGUCAUGCCUCUGUUGCUGGUGCCAGAGAAACUCUCCAGCCAUCGAACAUGGCUCAGGAUUCCGCUGGAAAGGGUCAAGUCUUGGUAAUGGUCUGGAUCGGUCCAGCUCGCGGUCUAGUCAGAAGUACAGUUCCUCCUAAUUACUCCAUGAAACCUGAGGUUCCUGGGCUUAGCAGCAACCAGGUUUGCCCUCUGUACCAUAUAAUUGAUUCCCAUCAUUCCUGGUGACUCAAAUUCUCAUCAUACUUCCACUCAAAAACUACAGUGUGGACCAGAACAGCUGAGUGGAGUCACCAAAUCACUUCUCUUCAAGAAGAUUUCCAGCACAAUGAACAAAUUUACAGGAUAAUCACAGACUGGCUGAGCAUUGUAAGCUGUCCGUCACUUGUGGCCCAUGCAGGCUGGAUCCUGGAGCUCUGAAAAUAGUAUUGCCACUGGAUAGCUACACUUUAGGGGACUUUAGCAGCUCAUGAUGAGUGAAAUACUGAGAUUGCACUGAAGUGAGAGUAAAGCUCUAUUCAUUGCUGAUGUCCAUCUUUACAUUAGUUAAAGCUUAGGAACUUCUAUAAAACUAAUGAAGCGUUACUGGUGGAACAGCACAGAUGAUGUGCCAUAAUCAGUAAUAAAAGAAAGCAAUGUUUAAACGCUAUUUGUAACACUGUGAUAAAUGGCACAAGCUGUAAUAUUAACAUAUUUUAGGACUCUAUUUUAUGAACAUGACUGCAUUGAUCAUCUGCAUCAUCUCAUCUACAGUGUAAUUGAUUUGCCUAAUUUGAAAGGAAAUGUGUAAACUACUGAUCAGAAAAAUGGUACAUCUUUCAAUCGUGGGAUUGCAGUGAAACCAUCACUAAUGAAACCACCAUGGUAUUAUUACUUUGAUUCAGAGUAAAACACUGGCACCUCCUAAGUUAAAAGAUAAAUGACAAUGUCUAAUGUCCAAAAGAUGCUAACCUCUGGUUAAGCCGCGGCUUUUACAAUUUGUGAAUCAUUGCUACAGUGUUAUGGGAGACAACUCCUUUUUUUCUUUUUUUAAGCAAAAGCAUCAGUCAGACCAAAGGCAAAAAAAAAAAAAACCCCAAAAACUCCCAGCAGAAAAGCCAAGUCAGUGAAUAGGAACUGAUGCAGGAUGGUGGAUCAUUUGCUUCUUGUAGCGGUUACUUCCGCUCUUGCCUACUUUAUGAAUUCAUGAACGUCUGUGAAGUGAGAAAGAAAAAAGUAAUCAGGACUGAGGAGUUUUUUGGUCUCACAUAAAAAUGGCAGAGCUGCUUUUUAUUACACAAGAGUUGUACUAUACAUUGAGCUGACUAGUCUCUUACUGCACAUAUGGAAAAAGUUAGCUAACUAACGUUAUCCCUGCAGUCUUUCCAAAAUCACCCACAUUGAUCUGUCAAAGUGUAACUCAAUGAAUACAUUCAUACUGGUUCAUAGGUUCUCAUACUAAGAAUACCAUCAGUCAAACUUCUGUUAGUAGGAAAUACAGGAAGAACAGCAGGUAGAAAAACAAUUUUUUUAGUAAAACAAGUGCUAGUUAAAGUAUUUCCUGAGGAGGUAGGUCUUUCAUCCAUCUUUUAAAGGCAGUCAGUGACUCGGAUGUUUUAACAUCUAGGAAAAGUUCCUUCCAACACCUCGAUGUCAGAACAGAAAUGUUGAGAUGCACACCUACCUUGUACUACUACAUGGGACUUGACAAUAUUAUGCGAGCUAUCGGUUUACGUCCUACCAAAAAUAAAUUAAAUAAAAUCAUGUCAAAUGUAUGUCAAAAGGUGGAACUGUGCUUUCGCACUUCUGUAUGAACAGAAGGAGCAGCUUGAUUUGUAUUGCAUUUAAUAAAUUCUUUUAUUAUGUAGGCUAUGAUAUUCAUUAUAAUUUUAAUUUGUUAAUUUUUUCAUUUUCAAACUUGAUAAGGAUUAUAUUUUUUAUUCCAUACAUGCCAUAUUUCUGCUAUUUCCAACUCUAAUACUAAUCUGAAUUAACACAACAUUUAUGUCUUAAUUUUUCUAAACUGUUCUAUAUUAUUUUCAGAUAUUUGAUAUAUUUACUUUUUCCUAUUGUGUACAUUUUCUUUCCUUCUUAAAGGGUUUUAUUUUUCAUUAUUAACAAUGCAUUUAUAUUGUACCUACUUAUUGGCAAAAAUGCUGCAAUAAAUGUUAUUUUAUCACA